AUGGACCAUCAUUGUCCUUGGGUUAACAAUUGUGUUUCAUUUUCCAAUUAUAAAUUUUUUAUAUUAUUUUUGGGUUAUGCAUUAUUAUAUUGUAUAUUUGUCAGUUUGACAACAUUACAAUAUUGCAUACAGUUUUGGAAAGGUGAAUUAAGUGGAAUGGGAAAGUUUAAUAUAGUUUUUUUAUUCUUUGCUGCAAUAAUGUUUUCCGUUAGUCUAUUGUCAUUGUUUUCAUAUCACUGCUACCUUAUUUUACACAAUAGAACAACAUUAGAAGCUUUUCGAGCACCCCUCUUCACUGCUGGUGCCGAUAAAAAUGGUUUCAAUUUAGGAGCUUUUAACAACUUUCAAGAAGUUUUUGGAGAUAAUAAGAAAACAUGGUUUUUGCCCGUUUUUACAAGUCUGGGCGAUGGUAUCACGUAUCCCCAAAAAUCAGUGGAUGAAGAUUGUCAUCAUCUUUUGGGUAGGAAUCAAUGGGGCGAAGUCGGUGGUGAUUAUUCUUCUAGACAGGAAGAAGUUGGUAGCCCUGAUUUUUCCUACAAUUGA